AAAAGAAUUGUAUAUGUACUUUUUAAAUAAAAAGUAUUUAAUAUAAUAAAAAAUAAUUUUCUUUUCCACUUUUCUUCUUUUUCUUUUCCCCCAAAACUAUUAUAAAAAAGCUUUUGGCCAAAAGUAUUCUACCUCCCUGAUACUGCUGUGUAUAGAUACAGUAUUCGUUCUCACUACGCAUCUCUCUUCCUCUACCCUCCUCUCUCUCUCUCUCUCUCUCUCUCUCUCUCUAUCUCUCACCGAGCCAUUUCUUCGAACUGUUGGAGAGAGGCAAGCUCUUGCAGAGGGAGAGAGGGAGAGAGAAGUAGCUGUAGAGAGGGGAACGCGAAGAUGUCUCUGCGACCCACAUCGCGAGCAGAGGUGCGCAAGAAAUCUUAUAAAACUGGGGUCGAUGCGGAAGAUGCCAGGCGGAGGAGAGAGGACAAUCUGGUGGAGAUCAGGAAAAACAAGCGCGAGGAUAAUCUCCUCAAGAAGCGCAGAGAAGGCUUGCUUCUUCAGUCCCAGCAAUUGCCCGAUGCCUCCCAAACCCCCGCCACCAUCGAAAAAAGGUUGGAAAGUGUUCCUUUGAUGGUGCACGGAGUAUGGUCUGAUGAUCCUGCAUCACAAUUUGAUGCCACCACUCAGUUCAGAAAGUUGUUGUCAAUUGAGCGUUGCCCUCCUAUUGACGAGGUAAUCAGGGCAGGUGUUGUUCCUCGGUUUGUGGAGUUUCUUGGAAGGCAUGAUCUGCCUCAACUGCAAUUUGAGGCGGCAUGGGCUUUGACUAAUGUUGCAUCUGGUACAUCAGAACAUACACGAGUUGUCAUUGAACAUGGUGCUGUCCCCAUGUUUGUACAACUUCUUAGCUCGGUCAGUGAUGAUGUCAGAGAGCAGGCAGUGUGGGCUUUGGGAAAUGUUGCUGGUGACUCUCCAAGUUGUAGGGAUCUUGUUCUUAGUCAUGGUGCACUCAUGCCACUAUUAGCUCAGUUAAAUGAACACUCUAAACUGUCUAUGCUGAGGAAUGCAACAUGGACAUUGUCUAACUUUUGCCGUGGCAAGCCAGCUACGCCAUUUGAAAAGGUGAAACCUGCACUACCAAUUCUUCAGCAACUUAUCCAUUUAAACGAUGAAGAAGUUCUAACAGACGCUUGCUGGGCACUUUCUUAUCUUUCUGAUGGUCCAAAUGACAAAAUUCAGGCUGUGAUUGAAGCAGGUGUCUGUGCACGGCUUGUAGAACUUCUGCUUCAUCCAUCGCCUACUGUCCUUAUUCCUGCUCUACGAACGGUGGGAAACAUUGUCACGGGUGAUGAUGCUCAGACUCAGUUUGUAAUUGAUAACCGAGUGCUUCCUUGCCUGUAUCAACUUCUCACUCAAAAUCACAAAAAGAGUAUCAAGAAAGAAGCUUGUUGGACAACCUCGAAUAUCACAGCUGGAAACAGGGGUCAAAUACAGGCUGUUAUUGAUGCCAAUAUCAUCCUCCCUCUUGUCCACCUACUGCAACAUGCGGAAUUUGACAUAAAGAAGGAGGCUGCAUGGGCCAUCUCAAAUGCCACCUCUGGAGGAUCAAGUGAGCAGAUCCGAUUUUUGGUGAGCCAAGGCUGCAUAAGGCCACUCUGUGAUCUUCUAGCCUGCCCAGACCCAAGGAUUGUGACCGUAUGCCUCGAGGGACUUGAGAACAUAUUGAAGGUGGGCGAAGCCGACAAAGAAAUGGGAAUGAACGGUGGGAUCAACAUUUAUGCACAGAUGAUUGAUGACUGUGAAGGGUUGGAUAAGAUCGAGAAUCUGCAGACCCAUGACAACAACGAGAUUUAUGAGAAGGUUGUGAAGAUCCUGGAGAAGUACUGGGCUGAGGAAGACGCCGAACAGGGUCUUCAAGAUGGUGGGGAUGGAAAUCAACAGGGUUUUGGCUUUGGAACUAGCCAGCCCAACCUGCCCUCUGGUGGCUUCAAGUUUGGGUAAAGUGGGGCGGUGGGGGGCUUGUUUUCUAAUUUUGUAGGCUUUUUGUUUUUCCACCUUCCCAUGGUGGAAUGAAGCUUUAGACUCCCUCUUCUUGUAUUUUUGUUGCUGCCAAGGGUCAGGGUUUUUGGUCUGGCACAUGGGCUUUUAAUUUGUGUAUGGAAUUUACACGUAAUGCUUUUAUCUUGUGGCUUUCAUCUUCAUUUGUAUCCCAAAUUACAUAGGAAAGAAGAGUGAUUUUAUCAUUUGUAUAAUUAGUACAUGGAUUCAUUAUCUUUGAACUGUUUUUUUUCUUUUCUUUUCCUUAAUAAACUAUGAAUGUGUGGCUAA